CAGCGCCGACCCGAGCCGUUCCUUCGGACUCAAAGUCUACGACCCUCAGCAGCCGGACGAGGCAGCGGGCAGCACCCCUCCACCCAUCCGACAUGAACGAGGUGCUGGCCUUUGAUGUCUUGCAGUCGGCUGUGGAGACCAAGGCCAUCGCCAGCGGCAUAUCCCUCGAGUUUUACCGCCGCGCCUGGCACCCCAACGUCGUCAGGCGUUAUGGCCACCACAUGGCCAGCAAGAGCACUCGGCACGGGGACCAGUGGCUGCUGCUCGAACUGCUGGAGGGGGCUCAGUCGCUGGGGCGGUGCUCGAAGGUAUCGGCCUUUGAGGCCAAGGCGGUGCUCUACGAGCUGCUCCGCAUGCUGGCCUUCCUGCACGAGAAUGACAUCGCCCAUGGCGACAUCUCUUCGGAGAACCUGGUGGUCUGCAGAAAGAUCGAGGGGCUGCCGCUGCUGAACGCCAUUGACUUCGGCCUCAGUGUCCAUGCCAAGACGCAGCAGGCGAUGGGGGCCGAGAGUGGGCGGGGGUUCCAGGGGGCGAGGGGCACGCCGGGCUACUUCACGCUCGAGAUGACCUGGCCGUACGCGGCACACAGCGACCCCAAGGGUAUCCACUCAGCCAGCCAGGAC